AUGGCGGUUAGAUUUGUGGUUUACACCGGUGGCAAGUGGGAAUUCGUUGACGGUAGGCGUGAGUACGUAAUGAAAGCUGAUUCUCUUAUAUGUGGGUUUGAAACUAAUUUAGCCAAAAUUUCGUAUGAUACCUUUUUUAAAAGUGUGUGUGACUUUUGUGGUUUUCGAAAUAUCACACGGUUAUCCUACAAGAUGUCUGAUUAUUCUGAACCUAUAUAUAUUAUAGAUGAUUCAGAUCUUUUAUUUUUUUUCAAACUGAGGGAAAAUAAUCCUACAGAACUUUUUAAACUAUACGUGGUGCAAGAAGUUGGUGUGGGUUCUUCUUCUUGUGCUCCUACGUUUGAAUAUAAAUGCCCCGAUUUAAAUGAUUGUGUUUUUUCAAACGAUGAAAUUAAUGCCAGCGAUAAACUAGAAUUUAUUGAUAAUAAAGAUAAAUGUCGAUUUUAUGAAGGCUACACCUUUCGUAACAAGCAGGAAAUGAAAAUCGAACUAGGAAAGAUGUGCUUAUCCGAAUCUUUUUCGUAUAAAGUAGACAGGUCAUCAAAGACUCGUUAUGAAGUAUCAUGUGUUGUUGAAAUUUGUGAGUGGAGUUUCAAAUCCGCUAGUCGGCAAUCUUGUGAUGUUUUCUACGUUAAAUCUUUUAACAACAAACAUACGUGUUCUAAGACGCAGACACAUCCACACAUGCGUCAGGCUAACCCAAUGGUUGUGGGUAGCAUGUUAAAAGAACAAUUUCAAAACUCUGGUCGAAUUUACCGUUGCCCAGAAAUAGUCAAAGAUCUUAGAAUAAAAGAAGGAGUCAAUAUAACUUAUAUACAAACGUGGCGAGGAAAAAACAAUGCAUUACAACUUUUGCAUGGAAAUUCAGCAAGUUCUUUUGCUGAACUUCCUAUUUACUGCUACAAUUUGGAGAAGGCUAAUCCAGGAACAGUGACGCACAUAUUGGCUGAUUCGGAGGAUCGUUUUGAAAUGGUAUUUGUCGCCCUAGGUGCUGCGAUUCGUGCCUUUGUGAGAACCUUAAGACCGGUCAUUAUCAUAGACGCGGCCCAUUUGAAAGGUGAGUUUAAAGGAACAUUGUUUUUGGCUGUGGGCAUGGACGGAAACAAUCAGAUUUUGCCUGUUGGUUACGGGAUUGGUAAAUCCGAAGACGGUAAUUCGUGGACUUGGUUCCUUUCAAAACUUAAAGAUUGUAUUGGCGAUCAUCCAGAGUUGGCAAUCAUUUCUGACCGAGCACCUUCUAUACAAUUAGCCACUUGCAAAUCUUACCGGCUAUCCGAUUUUGAGGAGUCUUUCAACGCGUUAUGUGCCGCAGUUCCGAGACUAAGGAACACUCUUACGACAAUUGGGUUUGAGAAGUGGUCAAGAGCACAUUGUCCUGUUAAAAGAUACCAUUAUAUGACUUCUAAUAGUGCCGAGUCGAUGAACGCUCUAUCGAAACAUUCCCGAAAAUUGCCGGUGACGCAACUUAUUGAAUUUUUCCGGCAAUCUGUUCAAAAAUGGUUUUAUGAUCGUCGCAACCAGGGAAUCCAUGGUGAACACUUGCUAACAGAGUGGGCUGUAAAUAAGAUCCAAGACAAAAUUGAUAACUCUAGGACUUGGACGGUUACCGGCGUUCGUGUUAACAGUUUUGAAGUUGAAGAUGGUAAAAAAAGAGGGUUCGUUGAUUUAGCUAACGGCACAUGCACUUGUCGGGUGAAACCGACUGUGGUCAUUAUUCCAUGUCAUGUUACAGUAACGAAGUUUAUAAAGCAACGUAUGCAGAAGAGAUAA